GCGCCGCGGUGCCAAGCGCGUGUGUCUCCGUAUCCCUGCAGCAUCACGCUGCACUUCUGCAGCACUAACACUCACAGCACAACCUCGAGAGAGAUUCACAGAAACACUCUUGACUUCACUAUCAUCCUCGCGGGCUUUAACGACGGAUUCGAUUCGCAAGAUGCUUUGAUUCGCAGAAGAUUCAUUCGGAUCAAUCCUCCCUAUUGUCUCGCCUGUCUAUAAACGCCAUUCAUCUACAGAGGACAGCGCGAGUUACUCAUCGAGCAGAAGAGAAACGCAUUGUUGUAUCUGAAGGCGGCUUUAGUGCAGCAUCGCAGGAUGGCUGAUGUCAGCACAGAAUGCAACAUCAGGGUGUUGUGUCGCUUCAGACCCCUGAACCAAUCCGAGAUCCUCCGAGCGGACAAAUACAUCCCCACCUUUCAAGGAGACGACACUGUCAUCAUCGGGGGGAAGCCAUAUGUUUUUGACAAAGUCUUUCCCACAAACUGCACACAGGAGCAGGUGUAUAACACGUGUGCCAAACAGAUUGUCAAAGAUGUUCUGGAAGGUUAUAACGGCACCAUCUUUGCGUACGGACAGACGUCGUCUGGUAAAACCUACACUAUGGAGGGAAAACUGCAUGAUCCGGACGGAAGGGGAAUCAUCCCGAGGAUCGCGGAAGACAUUUUUAACCACAUUUACACCAUGGAUGAAAACCUGGAGUUCCACAUUAAGGUUUCCUAUUUUGAAAUCUACAUGGAUAAAAUCCGUGACCUACUUGACGUGAGUAAGACAAACCUGUCUGUGCAUGAAGACAAGAACCGAGUUCCCUAUGUGAAGGGAUGUACUGAACGUUUCGUCUCCAGUCCUGAAGAAGUGAUGGAUGUUAUUGAUGAAGGCAAAGCCAACCGCCACGUUGCUGUUACAAAUAUGAAUGAGCACAGCUCCAGGAGCCACAGCAUAUUCCUCAUCAACAUCAAGCAGGAGCAUGUGGAGACCGAGCAGAAGCUCUGUGGGAAACUUUACCUGGUGGAUCUGGCCGGGAGCGAGAAGGUGAGUAAGACAGGUGCAGAAGGAGCCGUUCUGGAUGAAGCCAAAAACAUCAACAAGUCUCUGUCUGCGCUGGGGAACGUCAUAUCAGCUCUGGCCGAAGGAACCAAGACUCACGUGCCGUACCGAGACAACGAGAAGAAG